UCCACAUUUCUACGUUACAAAUAUAUGAUGAGACUUGCUUUUUAAAUUUUAUGCAUUCUAUAAACUAUAAAAACAACUAAAUAGCCUAGCCUAAAAGCUUGCAUUGCAACUAAACAUAGUUUAUUCAGAGUUUUAGGAAAUGGGUAAGGAACGGAGUUCCCAAAACCCAACAAAUAUCCAUUUUGUCGAUAUCCAUGAAGUAUUUCAUGAAGAAGAUGAAGAGGAAGAAGAAGAAGAAGUGAAACAAGGUACUAAAAUGGCAGAAAAACCACGGUCAAACCGGCCACAGUUGACCAGGCUUCGAGAUGGCAAAAGAAGUAAUAAUAUUCACAGGGGUUUCAGCAGGCAAGUGUCACUAGAAACAGGCGUCUCCAAGCUUAACAAAGCACAGAAUGAACAAAAAACGCUUCCAAGAAGUGGAAGAAGUUUUGGAGGGUUUGGUUCGUCUCAUAGUCAUGGAGUUGACUCAAAUUACAAGAAAGGAGAUUUUAAUAUGUUCAGAACAAAAUCCACUUUAGGAAAACAGAACUCUUUUAUGUUGCCAUUGAGAAAAGAAAGUGGGGUUGAUCAGUUUCAGAAGAAUGGUGAUGAAGGUGUUGGACUUCUUGAUGAAUCUCUUAAUAAAAGUGUUCCUGCUGGUAGAUACUUUGCUGCUCUUACAGGACCCGAACUUGAUCAAGUCAAGGAUACCGAAGACAUUCUUCUACCGAAAGACAAACAAUGGCCAUUUCUACUUCGAUUCCCAAUUGGUUGUUUUGGUAUGUGUCUAGGGUUAAGCAGCCAAGCGAUACUAUGGCACAACCUUUCAAUCAGCCCAGCCACCGAGUUUUUACAUAUUCCACCAUAUAUUAACCUUGUUCUUUGGAUCUUGGCACUAUUGGUCCUUGUAUGUGUGACUACUACUUACCUUCUGAAAUGCAUAUUCUACUUUGAAGCGAUUAGAAGAGAAUACUUCCACCCUGUUCGUAUCAACUUCUUUUUUGCACCAUGGGUGGUGUGCAUGUUCUUGGCGAUAGGGGCUCCACCUAUGAUAUCUCAAAAGAAGCUUCACCCAGCGUUAUGGUGUGUGUUCAUGAUACCUUAUUUCCUUCUCGAGCUUAAAAUCUAUGGGCAAUGGCUUUCUGGAGGGAAGAGAAGGCUUUGUAAAGUGGCUAACCCUUCUUCUCAUUUAUCGGUUGUUGGGAACUUUGUUGGAGCAGUUUUGGCUGCGAAAGUUGGGUGGAAAGAACCAGGGAAGUUUCUUUGGGCAGUUGGGUUUGCUCAUUAUCUUGUCCUUUUUGUGACAUUGUAUCAGAGAUUGCCUACAAGUGUAGCUUUGCCUAAGGAGUUGCAUCCUGUUUACUCCAUGUUUAUUGCAGCUCCAUCUGCUGCUAGUAUUGCUUGGGAGGCUCUGUAUGGUGAAUUCGAUGGGUCUGCAAGGACUUGCUACUUCAUUGCACUGUUUCUUUAUAUCUCUCUUGUUGUACGACUCAAUUUCUUUUGGGGAUUCAGGUUUUCAGUAGCUUGGUGGUCUUACACGUUCCCAAUGACUACCAUUUCAAUCGCAGCAAUCAAAUACGCAGAAUAUAAUCCGAGUGUCGAAAGCAAGGGAAUUGCAUUGACACUGUCGUUUCUCUCAUCAACCAUGGUGUUGGUCCUAUUUGUAUCUACCUUACUUCACGCGUUUUUUUGGCAGACUUUAUUUCCUAAUGAUCUCGCCAUUGCAAUCACUAAGACGAGACAUAUCAGAGACAGAGAGAAAAAACCUAUGAAUUUGAAGCGCUGGGCAAAGCAGUCCUUGGUGUCGAUCAGAAAGAACGGUUCAGGAGAUAAGCAAACACUUGAGAAAGAAUAAGAACAAAUCGAAUAUCAAGUUGUGAGAUUCGUAUAGGUAAUUGAAGCCAUGAGCCUUCUAUAGUUUGUGAUUUUCAUAUGAAUGUAUUAAACAAGUCCGAUCUAUCAUCAAAUGCAAAUGUAAUGCUAUUGUAUCUUCCUAGAUUAAUUAAUUGAACGUAUAC